GGCAAGGGUGGGGUGAACAGGGCUGCAGCAGCAUUGUGAAGGCUCAGAGUGGGACCUGAGCUCUGGUAGUACUUAAACAUGGGGUCUGAGGUGCCUCACCCAUCCCCAUGUAUGUAGGAUGUGAUGAACCCAGGGCUCUCUGUGGAAAACAUCUGAAAUGCUGCAGGGGUGUGGGCAGCAUAAGGCAUUCCUGACAUUUGCAAAUACACCCUGAAAUAUUGCUGAAAUACAGGGAGAAGCAUAUGGAUGGGAUGCCCCUUGCUACAGAAGCAGCUCUGACUGGUGUUUGCCCAGGACUUCAUGGGCGGUUGUGGACAACCCAUGUGCCUGUCACUUGGGAGCACACAGGAGUGACAGCUCCAUCCUGUGCGUGCCAGAUCCCCUCAUCACUUUGCAGCUGAGGGGGGGGAAUCAAAUCCUCUCCCCCUGGUUGCCCAGGAGAGUGCUGAAGAGCCCACUCAGGAGCAGGAUGGCCACAGGCACCCCCUUCCCACUGUGUUGGAGAAGGAAGGUGGUUUCUGUGGUAGACUCCUGGAGUUGAGAGUUGAGUUUGCAGGUUCAGAUUUGAGGGCUAAAGCAAGGGCCAGGCUGGGCAUUGGCUGAGUGUUUUAACGUGUCCAAGUUGCCACGUUGCCAUUUGUGGUUGUCUUCUGGGAGGCUGGGAGCUGGUCUUCAGGCUGUGGUGGUGUAUGUUUGAUGCUGGAGGUGAAGAAAAUUGGACCCCUUGCAUUAUGCUCAUCCUCCUGCACCCAGCUGGAUUCUGUCUGCUGUUGGUCUCCCAGUCAGUGCAGGUUUUCAUGCUCUUUAUCCUCUUUUUACUGGUACUUGGGAAUUACCAAAAUCACAGGAUCACACAAGUUGGAAGGGACCUCCGCCAGUGCAGCCCUGCUGGUUUGACUUAUGGUUCCUGGAGAGCUGCUUCCAGGAUGUGGGAGCACUCUGGGCUGAGCCACAGCGAGCCCGGGGCCCUGCUGGGUCUCCCUCUGGUGGGACCUGCGGGAGCAGCGCUGCUUUCGGCACCUUCUGCUCUUUGUGUCUGCCAGGCCUUCUGUGAUGCCAGCCUCCACUGCCUGCCAGGCAGAGCUUGUGACACGGUUCGUGUCUUCUCCUGUCACACGUGUUUUGCUGGAGUCACUAGACAGUGACAGCUGAAACUGGAGAGCAAGUGAGGCUUUCCUCCUUGGUGGGAGCUUUUACAGCUGAGAGACUCUGCCCACCAACAGCUGCGCCUCCCGCUCCCCCAGCAGACACCUCGAAAGAGGCAACAAGAACCGUGGCCGUGGGGAGCACUGGAGACCCUUACGGUCUGCAAGGACCACUCCUCUUGCAGGGGUUGCUGCCAAGAAGGCAGCGAGGCUGCAGUGCUGCCUGUAGCCUCUGGAGAUGUCACCUGUAUGACACAGCCCCCUACAGUGUCACAUCAGGUCCUCUGAGCAAAACCCUCUGCCAGGGAGGUGCCAGGGCUCGGUGUGACACGCAGCACGGCAGGGAGGCUGUCACUGCUUCAAAGCUUAUUUCCACAAUGUGCUUCUUCCCACUGACAAUUUUGUAAGAAAUACAAUGUUUUCUUCUAAAUUAAUGAAGACUUUUUGCUCCCAGAAGUUUCCUUCCUGAUUUAGUAAUUUUAGCUUUGGUGAGGAAGCCCCUUGGGUUCUUCCCUUCUUGAUGGGGCCACUUCCAUCAGGUUCCUUAAAUGUCUUGCUUGCAGGGAUGUUACUUGGGAUUGAAGCCUCUUAUUAAUAUUCCCUGGACUUUCUCCCAGGCCUUCAGCAGUCUUUGUGUGGGAGCAAAGAAGCAGAUUUAUUAUUCCAGUCUCGAGCUCACUCUGCCUGCAGGGGGACCACCUGAAAACUGGGCCGACUGCCUUUGGUCCAGCACUGUAGUGGGAGUUGCUGCUCAGUUGCUGGUGUCUUAUAAUCCUUUGGUCUCUUUGCCGUUGCCUCUGUAUCCCUGGUUAUGUCCUUCUGUAGUGGGAAUUUUGUAGUCACUGGAGACAGGCUCUUGCAUUUGGCACCCCAGGAGAAAGGGAGAUGAGCCUUUCAGUCCUGAGUCUUCCUGCAGCCCUGUUGCUGUGAGCUGGCUUCCCCCUGCCUGGCUUUCACUAAAAAGAACAUAAAUUAUCUUAUAUUAAAAUAUCCUGUGGUCCAUUCAGCUGCAUAUCCCUCUGGUCAGAAGUGUGUGUGCUGUUCAGGUGCUCCCUGCUGCUGUUUGAGGUGGGGAUUGACUUCUGGGCAGGUCAUCUGCACUGGGUCAGGAUGCUGAAGGUGGGCCCAGCCUCCUUGGGCUCUGGCAGGAGAGGUUUUGCUCGGGUCCUCUUGAGGAAGAUGAAUGGGGAUGGAGGGAUGAAGGGAGCCAGAGCACCUCUGUCAUGAGCCAGGGCUCAACAUCUCUGCUGCUGAGGAGUCAGCAAGAUCAUGGUGCUGCUCUGCUGUGGUUUUUCUGGCUGUGCCUUGGCCUGUGACCACGUGGGACCUUCAGGGGCUGGUGGCAGCAGGUUUCCUGUCUGGUCUCUUCAGCAAGAAGUAACUUGUUGGUUUUGUUCCUUUCCAGGUCUCUUCACACUCCUGGUUGAAGAUUUUGGGGUCAAGGGGGUGCAGGUUGAAGAGAUUUAUGAUCUGCAGAGCAAAUGCCAAGGCCCUGUGUACGGGUUCAUCUUCCUGUUCAAGUGGAUCGAGGAGCGCAGAUCACGCCGGAAGGUCUCUACCCUCGUGGAUGAGACAUCUGUGAUCGACGAUGACAUCGUUAAUAACAUGUUCUUUGCUCACCAGCUGAUACCCAAUUCAUGUGCCACCCAUGCCCUGCUGAGUGUCCUCCUCAACUGCAACAAUGUCGACCUGGGCCCUACACUGAGCCGCAUGAAGGAUUUCACCAAAGGAUUCAGCCCUGAGAGUAAAGGCUAUGCCAUUGGCAACGCCCCAGAGCUGGCCAAGGCCCACAACAGUCAUGCCAGGCCAGAGCCGCGACACUUGCCGGAAAAGCAGAACGGUAUCAGCGCUGUGCGAACCAUGGAGGCUUUUCAUUUUGUCAGUUAUGUCCCCAUCAAGGGACGGCUGUUUGAGCUGGAUGGGCUGAAGGUCUAUCCCAUUGACCACGGGCCGUGGGCUGACGACGAGGAAUGGACGGACAAAGCCAGGAGAGUCAUCAUGGAGCGCAUCGGCUUGGCCACCGCAGGGGAGCCGUACCAUGACAUCCGCUUCAACCUGAUGGCAGUGGUGCCUGAUCGGAGGAUGAAGUACGAGUCCAAACUGCACAUCCUGAAGAUGAACCGCCAGACUGUGCUGGAGGCCUUGCAGCAGCUUAUCCGAGUAACUCAGCCUGAGCUGAUCCAGACCCAGAAGUCUCAGGAGUCUCAGCCUCCUGAAGAGGCAAAGCCAGCCAGCAGCAAGACCGUGGCUCCAGAGAGCUCCCAUGCAGAUGGCACUGAUGAGCCCACCAGCCAGGGCCAGCCCACGGCCACGCAGAGCCCACCCAGCAAGUCCAAACCAGUGGCCAAGACAUCAGUGAGCAAUGUCAACGGGGCACCUCCAGCCAACCCCAACCCCAUCGUGCAGAGGCUGCCAGCCUUCCUGGAUAAUCAUAAUUAUGCCAAGUCCCCCAUGCAGGAGGAGGAAGACCUUGCAGCAGGAGUGGGGCGCAGCCGGGUCCCAGUCCGACAGCACCAGCAGUACUCGGACGAUGAGGAUGACUACGAUGAUGAUGAGGAGGAGGAUGUUCGUAACACCAACUCAGCCAUUAGGUACAAAAGGAAAGGGCAGGCAAAGCAAGAGCACGUGGUGGGGGCUGCAGAUGGCCAGCUCUCCGUCCUCCAGCCCAACACCAUCAACGUCCUAGCUGAGAAGCUGAAGGAAUCUCAAAAGGAUCUUUCCAUGCCCCUGUCCAUCAAGACGAGCGGCGGGGGCACUGCUGUGGCAGUGGUCACCCACUCCCAGCCCUCUCCCACCCCCAGCAACGAGAGCACAGACACCGCCUCCGAGAUUGGCAGCGCUUUCAACUCCCCGCUGCGCUCUCCCAUCCGCUCGGCCAACCCCACUCGCCCCUCCAGCCCCGUCACCUCCCACAUCUCCAAGGUGCUCUUUGGUGAGGAGGACGGCCUGCUGCGCGUCGACUGCAUGCGCUACAACCGGGCUGUCCGGGACCUGGGGCCCAUCAUCAGCACUGGGCUGCUGCACCUCACCGAGGAUGGUGUGUUCUGCCCACUGGCUGUUGCAGAUGGGGGGAAAAGCUCCACCCAUUCCAUCAAACCUGGUGAAGAGGCCCCGGUCACAAUCAAACUGGACGAGAAGGAGGGCAGUGAGGGCAGUGACAGCAAAGAGAAGGUGGGACUUGGCAGGACCAGUGAUCACCCUGGGGGGGAAAAGUAUUCUCCCAAGGAGCUGCUGGCGCUGCUGAAGUGUGUGGAGGCAGAGAUUGCGAACUACGAGGCCUGCCUGAAGGAAGAGGUGGAGAAGAGGAAGAAAUUCAAGAUCGAUGACCAGAGGAGAACCCACAACUACGAUGAGUUCAUCUGUACCUUCAUCUCCAUGCUGGCCCAGGAAGGCAUGCUGGCCAGCCUGGUGGAGCAGAACAUCUCGGUCCGCAGGCGGCAGGGAGUCAGCAUUGGCCGCCUGCACAAGCAGAGGAAGCCAGACCGCCGGAAACGCUCCCGCCCCUACAAAGCCAAGCGUCAGUAGCCUGGUGGUCGAGACUGUGAGGAGAAGCAGCUGGAUUUUGUGGCACUGGGCAGGGGCAUUUGAAUCUAUGAUACCCUUUGCCCAAGGAAGGGGGACCACAGCAACAAGCCCUCGGCCAAGGUGGAGCCUGUGGACAAAAAGAAAUUGGGCUUUUCUCUGAGCCCAAGUUGUGACAGGUGAGGACACGUUGUCCUGAGGGCAGUUCCUGCAGCUGAAGGCAAGUCAGAGUGCCUGGCUGCCUUACUGUGCUGUGGCAGCACCUGGAUGCUGUGGACCUGUGUCUUGGUGCUGUGGCUGAAGACUGUGGCAGGAGGGGAAGAGCCCACCCAGCUAGGGGCAGGUCUGGCAGUGCGGGAACACUAGCGAUGCCGACACAAGGCUGUGCUGGCCACAGCUGGCUGGGGCUUGUGUCCUCCUGCAUCCAGGCCUCCAGCUCAGCACUUCCCCAGGGCCUUUGUGUCUGUGUUUUCUAUCCCUCUCUGUCCCCCAAAGUUAUGUUUGUUUCUGACCCACUGUUCUGGUUUAAUAGGGUGAACCACAAACCAGAGGGCAGAAUUUCUUCUUAUUGCCCCCCCCUCCACUCUUCCAAGGGAAGAUAAAAGGGGAAUAAGGAAGAGGGACUUAAAGCUGAGCCUUAUGCCCAGGCCUCUGUGGUGGUGCUGGGGGUGGUGAGUAGCUUUGCUGCCUCCCUAGGGACCAGCCACGUGGCCCUGGCAGUGCCUCUGGGUCACGCAGGUUUGCUCGGUUGCCAGAGAAACCCCAUGAAUUGUGAGCAGGGUUCACUGCUGCUGGGCACAGCCUGGACAUUGGAUGUGGAGUCACUUGGUGCCCCUGCCAAAGCGUGAGGAGAUGUGGACCUGCCUGCCUCUCACCUGCCACCUCCACCAGCCAAUGUCUUCAGCGUGUCCCCAGCGGCCCAGCAGAAAUUUCAGAAGCCAGAGGUUUGCUCCUGAGGUGUCCUGAGGGGACAAGGGGAGCUGCCACAGGAAAGGACUGAAUUUUGCAAAUGUGCAAAUUUGUACAGAUCUUGAUUAUGUAAUGGAACUUUUUUUUUGUAUUUGUUGAAGGGGACAAAAUCCUUCUGUCUUUUGCUGUGUCCAAUAUCAAGUGCUGUAAAUAAUGGGUCUGUCUGAAGGAAUAAAGCUAUUCUGUACCAGCCA